AGAGAAAUGGGCUCCAGACUGAAACAGUGAGAACCUGGGGCCAAAAAAAAUAACAAACUACUGUGCCGGGAACUCCUCUCUUCUUAUCUCUUGCCGAGGAGGCAGGAAUUUCUGUCCCCAUUCCUCACGCGAUAUUAAAGCCACAUUAUACAGGUUACUGCAGCAUUAGUCAUUUUUAAUUAAUUUAUCAUUUAAAUUAACACACUUUUUAUUUUGUCAGCAAUGGACUGCUACUCCCUCGCUAGAUUUUUCGCUUGAUACCCAGCCAAGAGGAGGGUGGCAAGUUAUGCUCCACCCAUCUCCUCUCCUUCAUAAAAGGAGCAGCCCCAAGUGCCAGCUUAGUCUCUCUUGCAGCUCGCAGACUAAAAUAAAGCUCCGUCAGCUCACUCGUCUCUCCUGCAAUUUACCUUUUCUGCAUUUUUUUUGGUUUUCCUUUUUUGUUGCAACAGAGUGCAGGAGGCAGCAUCAGCGGCUCUACUCUGAGGCUUGUCAAGGCUCAGCGCCCGCACACACACACGCAUGCACGCACGCAACCCAGAGAGAAAACAUUUGCUCUCACCUGUCUCCAAAUCCAAAGCAAACCUCCUGCCCAAGCAAACUGCCAACAUUUGGAACGAGAAGGCACCUGAGCCAGAAUCUAAUGUAAGGCGAAAAAAUUCAAUGUACACUAGCAACUUUUUGCUAAAAAGCAAGAGGGAAUAAGGAAGGAAAGGAGCAUUUUAAGAAAAGGACACCUUAAGGAAGAUUUCAUUUUUUGGAUUUCGCAUCAAACUUUGGAAAAGUUUUUUUCUGAUUUUUUUUUUUUUUUUUUUAGUUAUUAUUCUUUUAUUACCAUCUUUUUCUAAGAACAUUGGGACAUUGUUACCUGCAUGUAGAAGCUUUUACAUAUAUAUAUUAUUUUUUUAAAAAGGAAGAAUACCAAGAGGAAGAAUAGCAUGUGGACCACCUAGCCAAAGGCACCACUGAAGCAUCCCUUGCGGCGAGGGGGACAUAGACUCUGGAUGUGUAUAAAUAAUUCCGAGGGACUGCAUUUUUUUCCCACCGGGCUUAUGAGAUAGCACAGAGGCAGGCGAGUCACCGAGAAUUACUUCUGUCUCCCCUUACCACCACCACUACCAACACCUCCACGUCCUCUUCCAGAGGGCUCCUGCGAUUCUCCCACCGCAGCCCGGCUUGGAGGGACAUGGGAACGCGCGGCGCCCUCGAUGCCUGAGGCUGGGCGGCCGCGGGGCUGUCUGCGGGAAGCGCUUCCCUGCCGGGGCUCGCCGUCCAUGUGCCCGCAGCCGGCGGGGCCUGGAGUCGGGAUGAAUUUCGGCGUGGUCUUCGCGUUCAUUCUCUCCCUGCCCCUGGCCCGCAUGGAGGGGGACCCCAUACCUGAAGACAUUUACGAGAUUUUGGGUGGCAGCUCAGUGCGCUCCAUCAGUGACCUCCAGCGUGCCCUGCGGAUAGACUCCGUAGAGCAGGAUAGCUCAAGCCUGAGCCUGAAUGCAACUCAGCCUGGUCAAAACCCUGUGGCUCUGUCUCGAGAGCGACGAAGCCUAGACGCCCUGGCAGCAGCAGAGACAGCUGUCCUUGCGGAGUGCAAGACGCGGGAGGUGGUCUUUGAAAUCUCCCGCAACAUGGUGGACAGCACCAAUGCCAACUUUGUGGUGUGGCCGCCCUGUGUGGAGGUGCAGCGCUGCUCCGGGUGCUGCAACAACCGCAACGUGCAGUGUCGCCCCACACAGAUCCGUGUCCGGCACGUCCAGGUGAACAAGAUCGAAUUUGUCCAGAGGAAGCCAAUAUUCAAAAAAGUUGUUGUGCCUUUGGAGGACCAUGUGCAGUGUCGGUGUGAAGCUGUGUUCCGACCUCCUCCCAGGAACAUCCGUCCAGGGCCACGUGAACAGAGACGCCUGUCACCAUCGUUCACCACAGCCGCUGUCUCUCAGAGGCAGCGAGUACGCCGGCCGCCGGCACAGAAGAGGAAACAUAAGAAGUACAAGCAUGUCAACGAUAAGAAAGUGCUGAAAGAAAUCCUCAUAGCAUAGAAGUGCUGGCAGGGGAGACAGAGCACAAGGUUUAUUUAAUAUAUUUGCUGUAUUGCCCCCAUGGGGUCGUUGGAGUGAUAACUUUUCCUCUUUGUCCAUCUGCCUCGACGUCUGAUUCAGACGGCAACUGGUGCUUCCCUUUCCAUCAGUGGACCUUCUCCCCCCAGAGCCUCCCUUCUUUCAUUUAUUAGCAUAAUUUUAAAGUUUUACACACA